UUGGUUCCGGAUACCGGAAAUUAUCCGUUCGACCUUGACCGAGUUACCUCCCUUGCAGAAGACGAAAAUGACGAGUGUCGGAAGGACACUGCAGGCUGUUAGGCCACAUAUUCCCUUGAUAAAAUUCCCAAGUAGAGUGAAUGGAGUAAAUGCAGGUGUAGCUUGGAAUAUGGCACAGUCCAGUCCACAACCUUCAAGUCCAUCUAUGCUUUCAAAUUCUUCAAGAUCUCCUGUGUCUAGUUCAGGUUUAGAAACAGUGCCAUCUAAAUACAGAAGAAAGCCAAUCUCAAUAGAAGAAAUGGAAUAUAUAGAGAGAGGAGGUCCAGAAUAAAGAAGAAUAUAUUUUCUUGAACAUUUUCUUAAAAGAAUAAUAUGACAUACAUGUUUGUUAUUUAGAUUAAAUAACUUGAUAUUCAUUUAAAAUUUAAGGCUACCAUGUAACUGUACAUUUAAGACAUAAGUAAUUAUGAUAUAUGAUGGCCCUUUUCUGUUUGUUAAUUUAUCUGUAUGAGGCAGUUAUGUUAUUUUGAUAAAUAAAUUAUUUUGAGAGCUUCA